CGUGCUGAUUGGUACCAAAGAGAGCUUAUCUCUUUGAUACUCAUAUUCUUGUGAGGUUUAUAAUUCAACUCCACAUUAUCACAUAAACUUUUAUUUAUUUUCUGUGCUAAUAACUGUCUGCUAAUUUUAAAAUUCAUUCAAAUCCGCGCAAUGCCAAUCCAUUGAAAAAAGUUUAGUACUUAUUUGAGUAGUCUCCAUUAUUUUAAUUUGAGUUGAAACAAAUUGCGUGUUUUUUUUUUUUAAGUAAAAAUGACCAUGUCGAAAGCUGCGGUGGGUAUCGCUGUUGGCAUUGCUGGUUUAUUUGUUGGUUAUUGCUUCUACUUUGAUAAGAAACGACGAAGCGACCCGGAAUUCAAAAAUAAAUUGCGAGAACGAAGAAAAGCUAAAAGACAAGCACAGAAAUCCGGCACGACGAUUCCUGAUUUAAAAGAUCCCGAAAUUGUACAAAAGUUCUUCCUUCAGCAAGUUCAGUUGGGUGAGGAAUUACUCGCCAAUGGUGAUUUGGAGGGUGGAAUUGAGCAUUUGGCAAAUGCAGUUGCUGUCUGCGGACAACCUCAAGAGCUUUUGAGAGUUUUACAAAAGACACUGCCUCCAGAAGUAUUUCAUUUACUCUUACAAAGACUACCAUUAGUUGGACAGAGGCUUGUAUCCCAUACAACGAUGGCCGAAGAAGAUGUUGAAUAAAUUAUUUUACAUACUAUUUGUCUUACUUUAAACAAUAAUGAAAGAAU